CCAGAUCCGUCUGCUCCUUGAUCGCCUUCAGCUGCUCCACGCUCAUCUUCUCCAACUCCAUCGCCACUCCUCCCUUCGCCGCCGCCAUCUCUCUCCCUGUGUCCGUUUUCUUCUUCUUCGUCUCUCUUUCUCUCUCUCUCUCUCUCUCUUCUCUCUCUCUCUCCCUCCCUCCGCCUUCCACUGAAGCGAAGACGCCAUGGACGGAGCCACGCUCCUGUCGAACGCCGGCGCACUUCUCCCCCCGCCGCUCCCUCCGGUCCGUCGUGCGAGAGCCGUGAGUGCCGGCAGUUUGGCUCCUCCGUCGAAGUCGUCGUUCAGGACGUGGCGGGGCAGGACCGGACUCGCCCCGGUACGUAAGUUCACGUGGAGAUGCGGCGCUGCCGGAGGCGGCGGCGGCGGGAUAACGGAGAUAGACGAGAGCCAGUUCUCCGAGACGGUGUUGAAGAGCGAUCGUCCGGUCCUCGUGGAGUUCAUCGCCAACUGGUGCGGCCCCUGCCGUUUGAUCUCUCCGGCCAUGGAGUGGCUCGCUCAGGAAUACAAGGAAAGAUUGAUUGUUGUAAAGAUUGAUCAUGAUGCAAACCCAAAGUUAAUAGAAGAGUACAAAGUUUAUGGAUUGCCAACACUGAUUCUCUUCAAGAAUGGGAAAGAAGUUCUGGAAAGCAGAAGGGAAGGUGCAAUCACGAAGGUGAAGCUAAAGGAGUAUCUAGAUUCUUUGCUAGAUUCAAUAUCAGUUGCAUAACAGCAUUUGGAAUUUUUCAUACGACAAGCAGACUGCCUUAUCCUUGUGCGUCUUUGCUCGAGCAAGUUUCUUCCUUCUAACAGUCAAUUCUGGAAAUCUGGAGUUUCGUAUAAAUCUGCAGUCUCUCGUGUUCGAUUUUGUUCUGUUUGCAAGCCAAGAUGAUCACAUCGCGAUAUUUUGAAGUCAAUGUGGCUGCUGAUCCAGGGCUGUGGGCUUUGUUUUCCUUCUUCUUUUGUGUUGUGCAGUAAUCAAAACUCUUUGCUAGCUUCUUGUAACCUGAUAAUAUUUUGAAAAAACAUAUGUUGUUCAAAUGUAUCAUAGUUUUCCUGCAUUCUUGUACUGCUGGCACAGUAGAGGUGCAAGGCUGUAUACGGCAUUUGACAUCAACAUGUCUGCAGAUAUGUUGGACUUAAGAGUGAGUUUAUGGCUGUCUCUCCUGCGACGGUGUCGUACCUAGUUGAUUAAGAAGUUAAUCAAUUGCCAAAGGCAGUUCCGCUAA